AUGGCGGGGACCGACUGUGAUGACCAUCGGUUCUGGCUAUGGUUUCAUCCAGAAUGGGGUCGUUUGAUUGUUCAAAUGCGGUUUUGUUGCAGGAUGUCUACAUCUUCCCAGAAUUCGAGCAGAACUUGGCCGAGGUUUGAGGCAGUGGUCUGUGAUCAUGGUCUUGAAGCUGAUGUGGUGACCUCUAAUACGGAUGCCAAUCCCGGACGACGCUUCUACCGUUGCCAAGUCUGGAAGGAGGACGAUUGCAAAUUCUUUCGUUGGAUUGAUCCAUCAUUAUCGCCGAAUCAAGACUACUUCUUUAAAAGACUGAAGCUGGACAGGGACAACGUGCAAAGAGCAUUGAGAGAUAGAGUUGCUAUGCAGGAUGCACUUGACGAGAGCGUCCGUUCCAAAACCACUGAAGUUGAAGCACUCCAAGGUGUUGUCGCCGAUUUGCACCGUCAAAACCGAAACUUAAAGGUUACCUAA